AUGGGUACCAUGGAUGAGCUUACUGCCAAAGACGUCGCCCUUCUCGUGCUAACAAUGACCGUAACCGUCAUGUGGGCUUUGAUCGUGCUGUUCUUCGUUGAGUGGUGGCGGUUGACACGCACACUGAAUCCCCCAUGGUCAGACCCUCGGGUGCCCGUGACCGCCGAGAGCUACAAUAAGGGACGCCGCCAUAAAAUGCCCCAACAGACGGGCCGUAACCCGCCAACGUUCUCUCUGGGACUUGAGAGGCUCUGUGUGACUGCGUUGCCUACACCAAGGGUACAUGUCAGCAUUGACUUCAAUUUUUUCUUGCUUCGCCGAAGUCAGAGGGUUUAA